GUGCAGGAGGCAGUGGGGAGUGAUAUGUUAGAAGUCAUCCAGUUAAACUAGCAUCUAGACUUCUUCUAUAUAACGCCUUUAUUUUACACAGGAGAUAAAAUAAUAUACUAAUUUUCGUCCUCGGAACAUUUUAAAAUGAAAUUUGCAAGCCGCUUCAGAAUUGUUAUUUCCCUGGUGGUUACCUUUCAGACUGUUCGUUUUGGAUUAGGUUGUGAUGAGCAGGAGUGUGAUGCAUCUAAACCUGAAAAUAAUGCGCAAAACGAAGAAAAUCUUAAACGGUUUACUGAAAUGAAUGUUCAGCCGGAGAGACUGAAGAAACGAGAUCCUGAUUCUGUUGUGCCGUUUGUUGGCCUAACUGGAAGUGCACAGCUGAGUAGAACUUGUUGUGAAAAUGGGGGUACCUGUAUUCUUGGAAGCUUUUGUGCUUGCCCAAAGCAUUUCAAGGGCAGAAGAUGUGAAUAUGAUGAACGUACCAAGAACUGUGGCAUCAUUCCUCAUGGAGAAUGGAUACAGAAAGGUUGCUCAUAUUGCCGGUGUAUGUAUGGAGUUCUUCACUGCUUUCCACUUGUGUUCCAGGAUGGCUGUGAUGAAACGGAGGAUGUCUUGUGGUUCCGUUCAAAAGGUUGCAGCAUACUGAUGUCCAUGUACAUUGUAUUUCUAGGAUUACUGAUGCAUAUUCUCAUUUGACCUUGCAAUUUCUGUGUUGAAAUUGCCUUAGUUUGAUGACUCUCAUCUCCCCUGUCCCUUAUAAUCAAAGAAGCGUAUCUAAAACGCAGGGAAGCAAUACCAUUUACAAUAUUUGUAUUUUGAUCAGUUAGGUAAUAUUGAAAUUCACCUUUCUUCCAGUGAAAGACAAAAUUUCCAUUGUGUGGAAAAACAUAUCUGUAAAUAAGAUGGUUUUAUUUUUGGGGGGGUUUAAGUGUUUAACUUUAACAGAUUUUUUUUGCAGUUUUUAAUUCCAAAAUUUUAAAUGUCAUGAAUAACACGAUUCAACAUGUAUAACAGUUAGCAGACAUUCCAGGAAGUAUUUUGCCUAACAAAAUGGUAUACACACAACAGUCAAGUAUAUCAUCAGUACUACAUUUGCUUUAGUGUCUUUCUCUGCAAAUAUGAUAAAUCAUUAAGAUGUUUAAGGCAGCCUGCUUCUUGUGUAUUUUUACUUUUGAAUAAAAGUAUUGCUUUAAAACUGCAAACAAAACUGUUAAUAGUGAUAAGUACCUGUGACCUAUUUAUAAAUUAUUCAUAAUAUAAAUUAUAAAAGACCCAAGCACUUUACUUUAAAAGCCCAGGAACCAACAUACCUUUUCUAAGGUUAAGGAAUGCUCUGAGGUCUUUAUUUAAUCAUACAUAAGCCCAUAAACCCACUGCCAGUUGAGAAUUGCAAGCAUUGGUGGUAGAUGUCCCCUGUUUACCAAGGUUUCUGCUUUUAACCAUAACAGAACUGCCUUUAAGCAGCAGCAAAUUUGGAAUUUACAAUAGAAUAAGUAAUCUAUCCAUUUGUUAGCUGAUUAGUCUUUUCAGUGCUCCCAGCUAUAUUUGUAGCUCUUCAUGAAAUACAUUUACAGAGCAAUGCUGGUGUGGCAAAAUUAAGUUAUUUAAUGUUUCAUUCAUACUCCCUCCAAACAACAUCUCCCUUUUCCACUUAUUUCCAAAGAAGGCAAAUUAAAUUAAGCAAUGCACAUUGAGCUCUGCUUAAUGUUAAAAUGUAGUUGUAACUCAAACAUUCUUUUUCACUUGCUAUCAGUGGGGAAAGGGAGUAAGUCUGAUAAAGCUUGAAUGACCCCCAGUCUUUGGCAAGCAUUGUUAUUAUUAGUGAAACGACUCCUAUGCUAUUGGCUAUAUCAAACCUCUUAUCUAAGAGGCACAAUUAAACUGGCUAAUAGUUUACUGAUAAUCUUGUAGUAUAAUUCAUACCCUGGAGUGGUAAAAGUUAAAAUAAAGUGCUUUGGAAGCUUUUUUUUGUUACUUUAUUCUUAUUUAGUUAGCAAAGCUGUGAAACCAGUUUAAAUCACAAGCUUUGGCUAUGCUUCAGUUUUAGAAUAGCUUAAUUAUUCCAGCCAUGAGCAAUGUAGAUUUGUUUUUUAAUAUACCACAUUUAAAAGUUCUAUUGUCUGAUCUUUUAAUUUUGUGUGUUAAUUAUACAUUGUAAAAUAUCACAUUUAAUGAACAUAGAUUUAAUUGGUUUAAGAGUUUUAUUCAGCUAAAUAAUGGCAAUUAUGCGUGUUGAAUUGAUACUGGAAGCAGGUAAUGAAGUGUGCAUCUUAACACAGUUGUA